GCUCCGAUAUCGAGCCAUUAACAUUACAGAUCAUAGUGCACCUUGCGAAGAGUGGCCAAAUCAGGAAAGGGGCCUGUGCCAAGUGCUGCCAUAAGUGACACUCCUUGCCAAAGUGAUUUGUUCUUCCACUGAUCACGGAGAACGCGGCAACAAGGACCGGUAUCUAUUUGAAUUUAGACUCAAGCGCACAAGUAGUAUGAUCAAUGGUAUGUCUAAAAUGAACGCCAAUCCUCUGAGUACGGACUCAAGGGAGGAUGAUAGUGACAUCAUCGCAAGUUGUUAUACCGCACCUAUUAUGUGCUCUGGCCACCAUAAGGCAAAGAGGGUCUAUCCAUCUCAGCGACCCUCCAAGGUUACCAAAGAUGGACCAAGUCCCAAGAUAAAAGUUAUUCAACAUCGCAAGAGCGUUCCCAAUACUGUGGAAUCAACCCAGACAUCCCAACUGUUCGCGAAUCAGUCGGACGAUUUCCCCCGUGCUGGAUCUGUCUCAAGCAACUCAAACUACCCCUCACCACUGUCCUUCAUGCAGGACAAUGGCAGGAGUACUUCUGCCAUAUCCAAUUUUGGUGACGACCAGUCUAGUGACUUUGAUACCGGGGUCAAUCUUAUCGGUAAUCGGCCACUUUUGAGUCCCGAAAACCCUUCAGAAUUAUGGCAGCCUCAAUCGCAGCCUCCGCGUAUAUUCGAGGUCAGACCCGAUCAUGGACCUGUUCGGAAAACAACAGAUGUUGUACUUCGGGGUUUAUUCUUCAAAGACGGCAUGAUCCCUUAUUUUGGCUGUUUUCCUGCUCAAGAUAUUAUUGUCGAGACCUCCAACCUCAUCAUCUGUAAAGCACCUGAUUCGCCGAUACCAGGAACCGUCCCUAUUACCAUUUACGACAGCGUUGGCACGAUUUUCUCAAAUCUUGGCCAGUUUACAUACACUGACGACUCCGAAACCGAGCUCCUAAUUCUGCAGCUCCAACUUCGUCUAGCACACCGUGCUCUCGAGUACCUGCACAGUCAGGCGACUGGCCAGAAAGGAAAUGCUCAUGAUAUUUUGAAAGAUCUUCCUGGAUUUUCAUCAACAUCGCCUCGAUCCGGCCAUUCUCCAGCUGAUAAUGACGUAAAUUCCGUGGUGAAUACGGCUAAUAUAGAUGAUAUUCCGCUUCAGACGCGAGAGCAGGUGGAAGAGGGUAUUUUAAAGACUCUAGACCAAUUACCAUCAAACAUCGAUAUUUCGAUGCCUAUGGACGACCAAGGCACAUUGCUUCAUCUUAGUGUGCUACUGAAGUUUGACAAACUUACACUUCGUCUUAUUGAGGAUGGAUGCGAUCUUGAGACUCCGGAUGGAUGGGGCAUGACGCCUCUCAUGUACGCUGUCAUUAUGGCCAAUGAGUCUAUUAUUCGCUCUCAUGUUCUGGCUGGCGCCUCCUCCUCGGGCGCCAAAACUCCCAUGGAAUUCUACACAUUCUUGCCUCGCCCUGUUGUCCCUACCGAAGCUGUGAUUGGAUACCUCUCAGUCAGCUGUUCUCGAUACUCCAAUAUUUCUCGUACGCUUGUACCGGGCAAUAAUCAUAGAAAACUGGAAAUGGUUGAGGUUAAAUACAACGAAGCCUUGGAGGCAUCUGAAGAUGAAUCAGAAUAUGCAGAUCAUGAGGCUGAGAGUAACAACACUCAUGUUGUUUCCGAAACAUCAAAUGAUGAACGGAUUGUUAUCCCGACUAUUUUGGAGACUGCGCCUGCCGAGGACAAGUUAAUAGUGAGAGCUCUUUCGGCACAGGACGAACUGGCUCAUUUGGAGCGUACUCUUCGUGCUGUCCAUAUGACUCACGAUAUGCCACCUUUGCAUCAGCAGGACUUGCCACCAAUGCACGUUCUUGAAUCAGAUGGCUCCGUCACUAUCAACAAAAAGGUUCUCAGAGGAGAUGAGAUUAGCCGAGGAAUUGUAGGUGAGGAGACCAUCGAGGGAGCCAUUACCACGGAUAAUGAAGAAUCAGGAUAUCAUUCCGGUGUUUACUCUGAAGUUCAAGAUCGGCUAAAGCUUUUGAGCCAUGCAUCGUUGCCCUCAGAAGGCUUGAAAAUGUCGAUUACAUUUAGUAAAGCUGUCAGCCAAGAGAAGUCGACAUCAUCUGUCUCUGCUUCUUUCCCUGCAGUUGGCACAUCAGAAAACCGAUUUAGGACAGGGGACCCAUUCAAUAUACAAAUACAUCUUUGGACAGAGCCGGUCCCAGGAUCGCAGUCUCUAGCAAUCCCAUUGCCGAAAGAGUUUCUAGGAACUGUCGAUCGAGCUCGGUAACAGCAGCAAAGAUCAUGCUCAGUCGUCAUCAUCCAAUCAAGGCGAUGGCAUUCCACUUGGCGGUGUAUGCCGGGCUUGCUCGAAAUACGUUCAGGUCUCAGCUGCUCGACUU